CAUGACGGUCAUCACCUCACCGUUCGCGUCCAUCCGCCGUGCCGGUGACGUAUUUAAAUCACCCGCCGGUGAUACAAGUGCUCGAAUCAUUUGUGCGUUUUUCGGAUUCUAUUCCGUUUCUUUUUCUUCGAAGGGUUCCUUUUGUUUUCCGCUUCCAGAGGCUUUCUUUUCGGCUUUCGGGUACGAAAUUUCCAAUUAUCCAUUUCAUUACAUAAUUAUACGAUUUUCUUUUCCAUUUGCGGCCGAUUGUUACUCGCUUUGAGAUUCAUCCAUUUAGCUGCUUCAAUCGAAGAUGUCAAAAUUUGAAGAUAUUGGACUUAGAGAUGAGCUUUAACUACUAAAAAAAACUAAGGGUCAGUUAUGUGCUACAAUUGUUGCUGCAAAUAGAUGAAAUUCAUUCCUUCCUCCAAUUUCAAGUGCAAGGCAGCAUAGUAGGCCCUUAAGAGUGUCCUGCCUGAUUCUCGACAGGUUUCAAUGGAACGAGAGCUGGUAUCGAGACGUUUUGUUCAUUCCAGUCAUUUACACUCUAGCAGUGGAGUGGUUGGCCACAUAUUUUCGUCGUCUCCCGGGUUUUCAACAGAUCUCCAUUAUUCAUCGGUUUCGUUUUACGAACACCAAUCUGAUGCGCCUUUCGUUCCCGAGCCAUCAGCUAAUGGUGUACUGUUGAAUUCUCAUUCAGAACUUCUUUCAUCAAAAAACCAUCCUACUGGUGAAAAUGGCAAUUCCUGGCGUUCGGAUGCAUUGCCGGGUUUUCGAGAAGCUCCUGAAAGUAACCCGGUUGGCGGUAGUCGUGUAGAGAACAAUAGCUGCAGCUCUCUUAUGGUAUCAGAGGAUUUUAGUAAAGAAAAUGAUUGUCAGGAAUGGACGGAUAGGCUAAUAACUGAUGAUCCUUUGAGUUCUAAUUGGAGUGACCUUCUAGUGGAUGCUGAUGUUGUAGAUUUGGAACCGAAGAUGGUGCACCAAGCACCUAACCCAGCAAUACAAAUGCACGUGCAGCAAUCUCGAGUUCAAAAUCGACUUCCUUCUUCAAAUGGAGCUCCCUCGAAGCUGCGAAUGCGAUGGACACCCGAACUUCAUGAUGCAUUUGUAGAGGCUGUAAACAAACUUGGUGGUAGUGAAAGAGCUACUCCCAAGGGUGUUCUUAAGCUUAUGCAAGUGGAGGGUUUGACAAUCUAUCAUGUAAAAAGCCACUUGCAGAAAUAUAGAACGGCUAGAUACCAACCAGAAUCAUCAAAAGGACCAAUGGAGAAAAGCACCACCUCACUUGACGAUAUUUCAUCUCUCGAUCUGAAAACGAGUAUUGACAUCACAGAGGCUCUACGGCUGCAGAUGGAAGUUCAAAAAAAGUUACAUGAACAACUCGAGAUCCAACGAAAUUUACAAUUAAGAAUAGAAGAACAGGGGAAGUACCUUCAAAUGAUGUUUGAAGAACAAUGCAAGUCAAGCAAUAACCUGACAAAGCCAUCAGAUAAUCCCACACGAUUCACCGAUCCAUCCGAAGCUGACUCGAUAUCCGAAAAGACUACUAACCAAGUAGAGGGGAAGCUAUUAGCUUCUCAUAGGGAAGUCCCGGAGAAUCCCGAGCCUGAUGUUUUUGAAUCUCGCUCCGAACUAUCGAAACGCCAAAGGACAGAUGAGUAGGCUGUGUUUUCUGUAAGGAGUUUCUGUCACCAGUUGUGUAAUUCUACAAAAUCUCUUCUUAGUUUCUUAUUUUGUAGCUUUGAUAAUUCAACUAAAUUUUGCUUUACAUGAGACUAUGAAAAGCUCUUGAAUCAACUUGUGCAAUGUUCCA